AUGAAUCACCACUUGCCCGCGAUGCCCCAUGGGCAGCCGCCGAUGCCUCCUUCGAGGCGGCAGCAAGACUACUAUUACAACCCAGCACCUCCCAACAUGCGCUCUCCGCCGUAUAUGGGCUACCCUCCGCCCAUGAAUGGCCAUAUGCCUACCGCCUACUCGCCGCAGCAGUAUCCCCAACAAUGGUAUCCGCCUCCUGUUCAUAUGCAAAUGCCUCCACGUCCAUACCAGCCACCCUAUGGACCGAUGAUUGUGUCCUCAUACCCUCAACAGCCAAUGAUGGCUCCAAACCAUAUUCCGCCUCAACCGUUGCCGAUGCAACAAAGGACCUCGACUCCGCUGCAGCCGAGUAUGUCCCCGUCAAUGAUACCGCCGCCCCUGCAACCUGAGAUGCAUGAACACCCUGCCGCUCCUUUGCCGGUCCAGGUCCCGCCUCCUCAAACGUAUCCCAUUGCUUCUCCGCCGCCACAAUGGGAGCCUAAAGUCAUUUCAACCCCGAGACCUCCAUUUUCUGCACCGCUCCCUUGGCUCUCUGUCCCAGAGCUUGCUUUCCCUGCUAGGACUCCACACCGACGCCGAAGAACUCGUGCUAUGAAAUCGGGUGUUGAGCUUCCAUCCAAAGAUGGGCCGCACAAAGUUGAAAGCGAGCAAUACGGUGAUAACUUGCGCCUGGACUCGGUGGUUCAGGAACAUUCCGAACCAGAGACGCCAACUACCUCGUUUCUUCCCUCGGACACGGAUUCCACCCAACCUACGACACCUUCUUCCACGGCCAAAUCCCAAACUCAAACACGCAGCUCCAAACCUGCUAUUCCAUUGGCCCCGCCCAUUCCCGUUGUGCCGAAUGCCCCUGCCACCCCAAGACAAGCCAAAGAUAGUUCCAGUACCGCAUCGGAAACGCCCAAGUCCACUGCAGCAGCUGUCACCGAAGUCGACUCCGAGGAAAUUCCUGCUACUGGAUCCGAAACAAACCAAGCCCCUCCUCACGCCGCACCCAAAUCAUGGGCGGACUUGGUUCGUGCAAAGGCUAGCGCACGGCCAGCCGUCGCAUCUGGUGCUGCAGCAGACUCUUCUAUCGCUAUGCAGAAGAGUGAAUCUCUUGCCGGCGUCCUGAGCAGCCUCGGCGAGGAUGUCACCCAGUACAGCGAUAAAAUUGCUUUUCUUGAGCCCCGAGGCUUGGUCAACACCGGCAAUAUGUGUUACAUGAACUCUGUGUUGCAAAUAUUGGUUUCAUGCGUGCCAUUCUAUCAAUUUCUUGACCAUAUCGGCCGAAGAGCCGCACACAGCUUCCAGAGUGAUCUUCCUCUGAUUGAUUCCAUGAUUAUGUUCAUGAGAGAAUUCCGUUUCAUCGACGCGGCGAGCUCCGAAGACCAGCUGCGGCUCAGACUCAAGCCAAAUGAGUUGGAGCAGUACGGCGAAGCUUUCAUUCCUGAAUUUGUAUAUGAAAUGGUUCGGCAGCUGCCACGCUUCCGGGAUAUGAAGCGUGGUCACCAGCAAGAUGUCCAGGAGUUCUUGGGUUUCCUUUUGGAAGAGAUGCACGAAGAAUGCGCUCGAGCUGCCAAGCAUACAUCAGCGAAGGGCGUCGAUGCCAAUGGUCCUGCUGCGGCCGACGGAUCGUCAGAUGAUGUGUGGCUGGAAGUUGGUCACAAGCAGAAGGCCGCCGUGACACAAUCAUCCGGUGCAAUCGCCAUGGAGUCACCGGUGACCAGAAUUUUUGGCGGCAAGAUCAGGUCGGAAUUCAAGGUGCCCGGCAACAAGACGUCGGUCACUCUGGAGCCUUACCAGCCUCUGCAGCUCGAUAUUGGGUCGCCUGAUGUACACAAUAUCAUUGACGCGCUCAAAGGGCUUACCAAGCCGGAAAGCAUUCAAGGCGAUUUCAACUCGUCCCGCGGCCCCAAUGUCACGGCGACCAAGCAGGUGUUCAUUGAGACUUUGCCCCCUGUCCUCAUCCUUCACCUCAAGCGCUUCCAGUAUGACAGUUUGACUGGAGCAACCCAAAAGAUCUACAAGAAAGUUGGUUACCCCCUGGAUUUGGAGAUCCCACGAGAGGUCUUCCCUGCUCAUCGGCGCAACGCGAUCUUAUCUCAAGGAGGACUUCCAAAGUAUCGCCUUAUGGGAGUGAUCUACCACCAUGGCAAGAACGCCAGCGGUGGUCACUACACAGUUGAUGUUCGACGUCAAGACGGCCGCGAAUGGAUUCGCCUGGAUGACACCGUCAUUCGCCGUGUCCGAAGUGAAGAUGUGGCGGAAGCAGGCGGCGAGGAAGAUCCCAAGGUCCUUGCGGCGGCUCUCGAGCAACACAAGGACAAGAGUCAGAGCCCUAGCGCCAACAUUUUCGACCACAUUGACCAGAGCGACAUGGAUUCGGCUGAUAGUGAAAAGGGCUGGAGCCAGGUCAAUGGCACUAGCGGUGGACCUGCAAGCAAGAAGUCCGUUAAUGGUGUCACUUCCUCUUCCGGACCUUCUUCCGGCAUCCGAACCCCUCUCGGCAGGUACGGUGCCAGGGAUAACCGUGUUGCAUACUUGCUGUUCUACCAGCGAAUGGCUUGA